AUGGAGAGGGCGGGUGAGUUGUCACCAGGAGGCCUUCCUGGGGCUGAGUUCCCAGCGGAGCCCGUGGAAAGCCAGGUCCCGGACCUGGAGCAGCCGCAGAUACCCGCGGAGACACAGCAGCCCGAGAGUCCCCAGGGCAGCCCAACUCUGGCCAGGACCGCGAAGGAUGCGGCGGGCGCGGGCCUGGACCCCCCGGGCGAGAAGAAGCUGUCCCCGCCUCGCCCUGGGCUCCAGCGGGGGCCGCCACUCAGCCUGGGCUACGGCGCCUUCCGCCGCCUGGGGUCAGCCGGCCCGGAGCCGCCGUCGCCGGGCCCCGCCUCGGCCGAACAGCCUCGGGACGGCGAAGCGCCCGGGUCCGAGCUACUACCGUGGGCCGCUCCGGGCGAGCCGGCGCCCGGCCCCUGGGCGCCCAUGGAACUGCAGGUGGACGUGCGCGUGAAGCCCGUGGGCGCGGCCGGCGGCAGCCGAGCACCCUCGCCAGCGCCCUCCACGCGCUUUCUCACUGUGCCAGUGCCGGAGUCCCCAGCCUUCCCCCGCCACGCCUCCCCUGCGCACCCACUCCUGCAACGGACACCAUCCCCGGGCAGCACAUGGGGCCGCGGCUCGCCGCUGACCACAGCCCGGAUAGAGAGCGGCCGUGACGCCGAAGGUAGGGCCAGCCCGGCAGAGAGAAGCGCGGGCUACCCCACGUGCCGCUGCCGCUGCCGCUGCAAAGAGCUGGGACUGGAGAACGAGGACUCGGUGCUGCUACACCCCGGCAACAAGAAACUGCCCCGGGCGAUAGCGCUCUUAGGGCUGCCCACGUACAUGAAGUCCCUGCGCUGGGCCUUGGCAGUCAUGGCUGUGCUCCUGGCAGUCUCUGCAGUGACCAUUGUGGCCCUGGCCUCUAGAGCAGGGGUCAGGUGCCAGCCCUGCCCUCCAGGCUGGGUGUGGUCCGAGGAGCACUGUUAUUACCUCUCUGUGGAAGUGCAACCCUGGGAGGCCAGCCAGGCUUUCUGCUCAGCUCACAGUGCCACCCUCCCCCUGCUCAACCACACCCAGGACUUCCUGAGCCGAUACCCGGUCACCAAGUACUCCUGGGUAGGGGCCCAGAGAGGCCCCCAGGGCUGGCACUGGAUCGACGGGUCCCCCCUGCCGCCACAGCUACUCCCGGAUGAUGACAAGGACACCCCGGGUCUCAGCUGCGCAUGCCUGGAGGAAGGCAAGCUUGUGGCUAUGGACUGCAGCUCUCCAAGACCCUGGGUCUGUGCCAAAGGGACCAAGUGA